GAGCCCGCGACGAGCCCGUCUGAGGAGUGGCCCUAGGGAGCGCCUUUCCCUGCCGGGGCUGCUCAGACGCGCCUCCCGCCUCGCCACGCAGAGAAGCUCCGCCGCUCCCGCUGCCUUCGAGUCGCCGCCAUGCCCGUCAAGGGGGGCACCAAGUGCAUCAAGUACCUGCUCUUCGGCUUCAACUUCGUCUUCUGGCUUGCAGGAACAGCUGUUCUGGCAAUUGGACUAUGGCUUCGGUUUGAUUCGCGGACAAAAGAUAUUUUUGAUCAUGAAGAAAAUGAUACAACAUUUUAUACUGGAGUUUACAUUCUAAUUGGAGCUGGUGCUCUCAUAAUGCUUGUUGGUUUCUUGGGGUGCUGUGGAGCAAUACAAGAGUCCCAAUGCAUGCUUGGUUUGGUAAGUAAUGAUCCUGAGUUACUAAGCUUGAAGCUUCUGCUGAGCUGUAAAAUGAUCAAGGGUGCGGGGUGGGGUGAGGAGCUUAUGCUAAAGAAUAUUUACCUGAAACAUUUGCUCAUUUUUUCCUGUCUAUUGUCUGGCAUCUCCAGCUUUGCUUUGCCGCUGAUCCACCCCCUUAAUUUUCUGCAUCAGCAGACCAGCUGCAGAAUUUUUAAAGCAUUUUUGGCCACUCAAAGUCCACUACAGGGACCUGGGGCAGAAAUUGCCCCCAGACUCACUGAGGUUGCUGAUAAUGUGAAGAAUUUUUAUGAUUCAGUAUAUAAGAAAAGAAGCGAACCUUCUGCCAAAGAAACUCUGAGAGCUCUUCAACAUGCUCUAAACUGCUGUGGCUAUACUGGAGCAAUUGAGGCGACAUUUCAAGACACCUGCCCCAAACAAGAACUUUCUGAAAUGCUUAAAUUACAGUCAUGCCAUGCCGCUAUUGAUGAUUUCUUCACCACAAAACUGAACGUGAUUGGAGCAGUGGGCAUUGUUGUUGGUGUGGUGAUGAUUUUUGGUAUGAUUUUCAGCAUGAUCCUUUGCUGUGCUGUUCGCAGAAGCAGAGAAAUGAUUUAACACCAUCUCGGUGGACGCCGUUCCUGUAUACAAGGAAUUUGUGACUAUUAAAUCAGCAUUCCUAAAGGCAGUUCUUAAAUUAAUAUGUAUAUUUAAUUCUUUAUUUCAUACUGAUGUUCUUAAAUUUUGCUGAUGUUUUUAAAAACUUUAAAGGAAUCUGCUAUUGAAAAAUUACCAACAACUUGUAUAUAAGGUUUUUAUCUCUAAAAUUGUGUUUUUCUUUCUUCAGACUUACAACUGGCAUUGUAACUUGUGUUGAAGAAUAUUUGAUACUUAAUAAAGAUUUAACAACACACAA